AUGAUAUGUAGAGCUGGGCCCUGGGCCAUUACAGGGCUGGAGGGCUCCCCUCGCCUGCCUGGGGGCAGGAGGGGGAGAGCCCUCCACACUAUAGUCUGGACUCAGCAGAGAGGGUGCAUAGUGAACCCAUAUAGGGCUGCAGACUUUCUCUGUCUGCCUAUAGACGGACGGGGGGAGCCCUCAGCACUGUUUUUCGGGCACACUUUUUUGCGAGGUAAGCGCGACAGAGUGUGCUCGGUCAGCCGCAGCCCAGACCUCUCCAGGGUCACAACCGAGGGGGAGGUGAGUGAGGCGCAGCGGCUGCUAAAGCCGGUCAGGGACAAGACGCCUGGAGGCAGUGAAACCCCCGUCGGGGCAAGAAAUGAAGCAAACGGCCACAUCUUCAAAGAGCUGCUUCAGACUUCCAACUUCCGCAUCACUGUGGUGAAGGCGAGUGACACAGUGGAGCUGUGUGGAGCUCUGAAGAAUAUCGUGGCAGUAGGAGCUGGAUUUUGCGACGGGCUGGGUUUCGGCGACAAUACCAAGGCGGCGGUGAUCCGGCUGGGUCUGAUGGAGAUGGUGGCCUUCGCAGAGAUCUUCUGCAAAGGCCCGGUGAGCUCCGACACUUUCCUGGAAAGCUGCGGCGUGGCCGACCUCAUCACCACCUGCUACGGGGGACGGAACCGCAAAGUGGCGGAGGCCUUUGUCCGCACGUCCAAGUCUAUUGUUGAGCUGGAGGCAGAAAUGCUGAACGGGCAGAAACUUCAGGGCCCGCAAACAUCUGCCGAGGUCUACAAGGUCCUAAAGAAGAAGGACAUGGUUGACAAGUUUCCAUUGUUUUCUGCAGUGUACCUGAUCUGCUUUGAGGGCAAAGAGGUGAAAGAGUUUAUCACCUGUCUGCAGAACCAUCCAGAACACAUGUGAUGGGUCAGCACAACUGCAAUAGCAACUCAAAACCACUGGAGGGCGGAAGAGAUUCAUCCAAUGAAAUGCACAAUAGAGCAAGGGAAUACAACCAAUGGCACUUUUUGAAAACAUUUUUUUAUUGGUGGACAAUUUUAAAGCUUAAAAAUCACAUUUGAAUGUCAUUUUAUUAAAUGUUUUCAGUUAUUCAUGUGGCUGGAAGUGUCAGGUAAUGAAAUACAGAGCUCCUUUUUGAAGGCUGACCACUACACUAUCGGUUCUAACCAAAAACAAAAUCAGGAUUUUGUAUACUAACUUUUCACUACAUAACAGUUAGUUUACAAAUUGAAUCUCAGGGUAUAGUUGUUUUCUGUAACCAUUAGGAGUUGUUUUCUCAAUAAAAAUGAAUUUGGGAGAAAUU